ACAAAGAGCAAAAACCGGAUAUGUGCUUCCUGUUCGGCGGCGAGCCCUAUUGUCGUCGUCGGACAGGUCUUGUCGACCCUUUGUGGUUGUGGUGUUCCCAUCUCCUUCAUUGAGGUUGGAAUGAGAUUGUGGCGGCUGUAAGGGAGAGGGAGAUCGGAUCGGUGGUCGGAUUUCGGAAGGCUACUCGCUGGAUUGGUCGACGGGAAGUAUGGGCGCGGAUGUGGUCUGGCUUUUGCGAGCCCGUGGUGGCGCCGCUGGGGGUAGACCAGGUUGGUUCGAUCUGGUUUGCUGCUUCAUUGUUUUGUACAUAUCCAGAAUAUCCUUGGCGUGGCAACUUUGGCAUGAUGAAAAUGGUGGUGAUUCGACAAGAGUGGAGUGGUGGCGCACUGCGGGAUCCGGUGGUAGCUACAGUGCCGGUGGUCUGGGCUGCAACGGCGGUUUCCGAUCUCUCUGUUUCCAUAAAUAUGAGUUGGGUUUGGGCCCGAUUCUUGGGCCUGACCCUAGGUCUCUCUCUGGCCUUGGAGCAGUAUUGCUUUCGCUUUUGAAAAAUAGAACCCUUGAUGUCCUAUUAUCAAAGGGGAAGGAGUAUGUUCUUUUGGUUGACUCAGAUAAUGUGGCUGCUAAAAUCGACCCAAAAAUUUUAAACCAUCUGGUUGAGAACAAGAUAGACUGUUGUAUGGAGAUCACACCCACAUCCUCAUAUGAUUCGGAUUCAAUUGGUUCACGAUCACAACAGUUUGAGCUUGCAGAAAUAGCUCAGACUUCUGUCAGAGAUUCAAUGGAGAGAUUCAAACUUGUCGAUACUGGCAGCUUGUGGGUGAAUGUUAAAGCCCUUAAAAGGCUUUUGGAUACAGAUGAAAUAAAGAUUGAAGAUAUAUCUGUUUCGAAGGAAACAGAAUCUGAUUUAGUUCUUUUGCAAGAAUCAGCAGUUGGUUCACCAAUACGGGUAUUUAUCACAUUAUAAUAAAUACUUCUCGUGCCUUCCAUCAAUAAAUUCAAAAAUGCUCUUGGUGUCAAAGUUCCUAAUUCUCAAUUUCUUUCAAUGAACAAAACAUCAGAUCUAGUUCUGCUAAAGUCAAAUCUUUAUAUGUAUGAUGAUGAAGGGGGUAUAGUUUGGAAUAUAGCUAGAACCAACCCGGCAAAUCCUCUGAUCGAAUUAGGGCCUGAAUUUGAUAAGGUGAGCGACCUUCUAAGUCGCUUUAAUUCCAUGCCUGACAUUAUUGACCUGGAUAGCUUGAAGGUCACUGGUGAUGUUUGGUUUGGAGCUGGGGAGAGUGACGAUUCAUGCAAAACCCGGGAUGAAAUUGGAAAUUUCAGAUGGAGUGGUAAUAGAGAAUGAGGUCAUCGAGAACCGGUCAGACUUUUGACCUUAAUAUUAAGUAGCUUGGGAAACGUUCAAAAUGAAUUUAGAGAACUAACCCUUGUAGCGGCUUCCUCUCAAGACAAUGUAGGAGCUAUUGCGUUUUGCCCCAGCUACAGCUACUGGAUAUCUAUUUACGGGUGUUGUUAUUGUGUUGCGAGAGAGAAAGGGAGAUGGAGAGGAUUUGAAGAUCAGUCGAGUACCAAUUGAUUCUUUGGUUGUAAUUUAAUUUUGAUUAUGUUGUCCCACAGAGAACGUGGCCUAAGUAGUGAAAACUACAUGGUAUUUCACUCACCAAAAUUGUAAUCUAUAUAUUUUGUAGUUGAAUACAGAGCAAUCUUCACUUCAUUAAGGAUUUACUUUGGUAGAAACAAA